CCAUAUUCUGUUGGAAAGAUGCUGUUGGAUUGGUUAUUCUGUUUUAGUUUCUCUUGGACGCACGCGAACUUUGGCUUUAAAAUUUAUUUUGACAGUGCCACUGUCUUGCACCAAGGGAAGGCGGCACCGACUAUUAACAACUUACAGUAGAUGCUUGAUGUACGGCGUCAAGUGAACGUGAACAGCACUCGUACUCAGCGACAAGUCCGCUUGAACGCCAAUCGACGGUGAAGGAUAUGCGAUGUCAGCUGGAUUAAUCCAACCAACACAGGACACUGCCAACAAGAUGCGCAUUAGCAGGCUAAAUCAGGCAAAAAUUAAAAGAUUUUUUACGAUCCUGAUUUGAGGGAUGUCAAAUUGGUAUCACAGAAAAGGGCAUUUGCCAAGCUAUUCUUUCUCGACAUGUGUAGAAUUGCGCAUCCAAGGCAAAAAUUGUAGAGUACCUACUGCAAAACGGUUAAGCGAUCUGGACUGAGCGAUCUGCGAUAUAUUUAAGAGUUGGAACUGACAGUUCCCUACGACGAGGGACAGGACUGUUAAUCCCAUCUGUAGUUGUAUAGCAUUCGUCCUCGCUUCUGUACGUGACCUUUACUCUUAGGAGAUCAGUGUAUGUUUGUUCAGCUGUGUUUCCGCCUUUACGUCUCCAUUGUACUCAUGACUGCAUUCGUUCAGAAAACGAUUCGUCGGAGCGGUCGGAUUCUAUUUUUUUGAGUUAUUACGAAUAAUAUUUGGAGACGGUCAAAACAGCUUCCACGUGCUUCUUGCCCAACUGAAAAUUAUUUAGCAGAAUUAGCGCUAAAAUUCGAAGAAACAGGAGCACAAGCUUCCCCGUCAUUUGGCGAAAGAAUUAUUAAUCUGUACGGCAAAUAGUGAUCCAUUUGUAUUGAUUUCUUCCAUUUGUACUUCGAACCGGCUGUGAAUAAUGAAGAGAGGGACACUUGUUCCCGAAACGGCGAUUGCGGUGUGUGGAAUGGCCGGUGUAGGAAAGACCAGUCUUCUCCGCGAGAUGCAGGAUCCCGGCCAGCGCUGCGUAGAACAGUGCAACAAUUCGACAUGGGUGUGUGACGUUGUCGUUCUCGCCAGUGGGUUUGUAACUUUAGGAUCUGCGGGGCAGGUGACCUUUUACGACCUGGCCGGUUCGCCGGGCUUCUUGACCGGACGGAUAGCGGUAUACGCUCAUGCCUUUCAGCAGAUACGCGGAAUCAUCUUUGUCUUCGAUAUUGCCGAGCGGCGCUCCUUUGACGCACUGGAGACCUGGUACAGGGAAUUGGAUACUGUCUUCCCCUUGCACGACCGCAACUUUGUCAAAAUACUCGUGGGAAAUAAGCUGGAUCGACAGAUGUUGAGCACCAGUGUGAAAGAGAUGGAGAACUGGGCGGACGCUCGUGGAUUUCGUAUUUGUCUGACUGCGGCCGUUGAUGGGCGGGGCGUCAGCGAGAUCUGCCCGUUUGUGUUAUCCGCAUUGGAGGAAUCCAUACCUCUUGACAAUAAUUCAGCUGGAGAAGGGCAAACCGCCAAACACGAGGUUACCCCGGAACAAGUGUUCUCUGUCUACCGACUGCUUAAUGGAGAGAACGAUUGGGAGCGACUGGGGGUCCCGGUUAAUUCCAAUAUGUCGCUUAUAACGAAAGCCUAUCGAAAGAUCGCCGCGCAGAUUCACCCUGACAAAUGUCCACUGAACCGCAGCGAAGACGCCUUUAAACUGCUCAGCACAAGCAAGGACGCCUUAGCUGCACAAAUGCAAAAGCCAUAAACGCUAUCAAAGACUCGUAGUUUGCCGGUUCUAAAUCAUCGGUUUAGAAGACUCGUUGUUUAGCAAAAUUUCGUGGUACCGAAGUCAUCAUCUAAUAAAUUAGAACCAGUGAUGUAUUUUGUAUUUUAAUUUACGUACUUGUAUUUGUCAUCUAAAGCCUUCCACGCACUUGAAAACCGGCAGUGUGGACUCAAGCCAUUUUUAUAUGUAGCGUUUGCCGUUUUACUUCUAGAACAUACA